AUGGGCAAGUUGAUCAAAAAUCACUGGGGGCGUCUCAUCGUCCUGACGGCAGCUAUUUACCAAUUCGCUGCUGCCGUCGAAGGCUUCUUCUGGCCCAAGAUCUUUUGGGAUUUCCUCACUAAAAAUCUCGAUGGAGCGGUCAAGCCGUUCCCAACCCUACAAAUAUUCAACCUCGUUUUCGCCUUGCUCGGUGUGGCACUAGAAUGGCCACUAGGCUUUAUCACCAAGAUGCUGCCGGGGCUGCACCGGAGUCUGGAAACCAGGAUGGCUAUCUACCCAUUAUUCGCCUUGGCUGCGCUCCUGCUGUAUCAGGGCACGAAUGCCGGCCUGUACUACCUGGUCGGCGUGGGUGUAUACUUCUGGGCUUUCAUUGAGGGCGAAACUGUGUGCCCUGAGCCGUGGACACUGCCAAAGAGAAACCAACCACGACCUGGCAAGGUAUAA